AUGCAACGAGUUCAUGAGUCUGAAGAACGUAGUGGUCAUACACCCCCUCCACCCUAUACGCUGGUUGACCAGUUCACUGAUGGUAGUACGACUCAGACCCAACAACAUUCACAAAAUACAUACUCGGAGAACUCACCAGACUCUGACUUUCGUCUGGCUCAAAAACUUCAAGACGAGGAAUAUGCUCGCUGGGCAGAAUCUAAUCGGCAACAGGAUCUGGUAUCCAAUGUUGGCGAAUCGUCUGUCGACCAUUUUCAUUCCCGAGUAGUUCCACCUAUACCUGAAAAUUAUCGAUCUUAUUAUCAAUUACCACGCCCUUAUCCAUAUUAUAAUAAUUAUCAAACUACACAACCACAAACUUCAUAUCACACUAUUGAUGAUGAUGAUAAUACAGCUUCAGGAUGUCUAACUGGAUUGUAUGAACGUGACCUUAGACGGCAAAAUGGAGUUGCAAGUCUUUUACAUUGCGCGACACCUAAUUACGUCCAAAAUAACUAA